CGGUGUGUGGCAGCCUUGUUGACAGUUGCUGGCUCAGCUGCUCCGCGGUGCCGCUGAGCUCGGCUGCGGGGCUCGGCUGGGGCGCCACCGGGGGAUCACUGCGGGACCUGUCCGACCGUGAAACACCGCUCCCACAGCGUCUGCGUGACAGAGGCGUUUCAUUUUAGGGAUGGACGUGGGAGAAGGAGUUGACUGGUGAUUUGUUCCUGCACGCGAGAGGAUGGCAUCUUUAUCAGAGCAGCUGCAGGAGAUUCGGAGUCAGGCUGAAGUCUGUCUCUACUCUGGUGGCACGGUGGUUGAGGUUCGGGCUGGGGUGAUGGCCAUGGCUAACCUCCCCUUGCCGCCCUGCUCCAAAUACCGCCACAUUGCUGCCGAGAACAUGAUCAUAGAAAACAGCUUCGGCAGCAACAGGAAAGAGACUCUUGCAUCCCUCCAGCGCUUGUCUACAGCGCUGAACAUCCUGGAGAAGUAUGGCUGUAACUUGACCAACCCCAACAGGCCCAAGUACUGGCGGACUGUCAAACACAACAAUCCAGUGUUCAGAGCCACGGUUGAUGCUAUUCAGGGAGGACGGGCUGUUCUCUGUCUUUAUGGUUACUCCAAUCAGCAACCAGAUGGACUCAGCUUCCCUGAUGAUGUCAUGGAGCCUGAUGUGGGCCAGGUGGCCACAAUAACCCUGGAGGUGAUGAGCCUGAGGAUGGAGCUGGACAUGCUCAUCAAGGAGGCUCAUCCUCACCCCGAGUUCUAUGAGAGAAUCAUUCCUACUCUGAGACACAAGGAUGUCGGUCUCAACACCGAUGCUGUGGUCUAUCCCUCUUCUUCUUCCUCCUCCUCCUCAUCCUCCUCCUCUUCAGGUUAUAGGGAGGGCCAGGCAAAGUCUCUGUCCUUCCCAAAAGAGAGCAGCCAUGGUCCUUCCCUGUCCUCAGCCCACCAGAGUCACAGAUCCAUCCAGGCCUCCACCUCCUUGUGCUCAACCAAACACCCAGAGAACUGUACUAUCUGUGGGAUAUUCCCUGUCUCCGUCCUCUGCCCGACCUGUGUCCAAUGGCUGUGCUCGGAAUGUGACAGACUGUACCACUCCUACCCCGAGAGAGCCAAUCACCAUCGAACCGCUGUGACAUCAUCCAAAAGCAGGAAGACCCACAGUUCAUCUUCCUGGCGUUGCCUUCACUGCACUAAAGUCAACACCAUCCAGGAUGUGCUGUGUGAGGUGUGUGAGCGCCCCCGAUUGGCGUCAGCCAGCUCUGCAGCAGACGAGUCCCAGCCAGCGACCAUCACUGAGUGGCAGUGUAGGAGCUGUACUGUGGUGAAUGCAGCCAGCAGUAUUCUGUGUGAGGUGUGUGAACGGCCUCGUCUGGCCACACGACCUCCUGUUACGCCAACACACCCACCGGUCACCCCCCCCAGACCGCCAGCGCCUGUACUGGGCAUGCCCGGUGACCCCGACAGCCAGUGGGUGUGUCAGUUCUGCACAUAUGUCAACUAUUCUCCAGCUACAGUCUGCGAGAUGUGUGACCUGGCUCGUCCAGAACCCGCACCUCUGCCUGCCAAGCUCCGCCCCCCCUCGCCCGUCAGAAGGGUCCCGGCCCUGCCAAUCAAACCCAAAAACCCUCCCCCAGAGGAUCCUGAUGCACGGAGACAGAGGCUAAUGAAGGAGGAGGGGCUCAAGCUGAUUCAGUUAAUUAGGGAUGGGGAGAAGAAAGGAGUUAGCCCAGAGGAGGUGUACACAGGCAUGCGGGUGGCUGGGGACACUAGCAUCCUGCCCUGGGAAUGGUUGAAAGCAGAGCUGCCUCUGCUGCUGGACCAGAUCUGUGUGUUGGCGGCAUCUUCCUCAGUUGAUUCUGCAACGAACAAGGCCACAACCGAGCACACAAACGGACCAUGUGAAUGUCCCACUGAGGAUGCUGGGAAGGAGGUCAGCCCUGGGGAGAAAGGAGGUGUGGUACAGCUGUCCAGAGCAGAGGCCAAGCAGGCGUGGUUGACAGCAGGGGGCGACACUGAGAGAGCUGCCAGACAGGCUCUCAGAGACCGACACGCCAAGGUGAAGGAACUGUGUUCACUGGGGUUCGAUGAUGAGUCCCGAUGUCAUGAGGUUUUGAAGCAGAGCGGUGGUGAGGUGAGGGGGGCCCUGGCCUUGCUGCAAAGGCCCCUCCUGGAGCCAUUCCACCAGCGCAUGUGGUGUGACAAACCGGAGCCUCCCAUAGACAUCCAUUACCCCGACAAACAGCGCAUAUGUCGGAGGCUACUCGCUGUGUACGACCUUCCUAGCUGGGGUCGCUGUGAGCUGGCGCUGUCCCUGCUGCUGGAACGUAAUGCCCCCUACUCCCUGGAGGACGUAGUGCAGGCUGUACGGGAGUCCCACGACAGGGAGUUCAUCAAGAGAGUCCUGGCAAAAGAAUGUCCCAUAUGUCUCUCUGUCUUCCCUCAUAAUAAGAUGCAGUCUCUGACGUCCUGCCAGUGUUCGGUGUGCUGCGGUUGUUUCCAGCAGCACUUCACCAUCGCUGUGAGGGACAAACACAUCCGAGACAUGGUCUGUCCAGUCUGCUGGGAACCCGACAUCAACGACCCUGAGCACCUCAACAGCUACUUCUCCACCCUGGACAUCCAGCUGCGAGAGUGCCUGGAGCCAGAGGUUUAUGAGCUCUUCCAUAACAAGCUGACAGAGCAAGCUCUCAUCAAGGACCCCAAGUUCCUCUGGUGCAGUCACUGUUCAUAUGGAUUCAUCUACGAUGGAGACCAGCUCAAGGUCACCUGCUUCCAGUGUCGCAACAGUUUCUGCGCUCAGUGUAAAAAACCUUGGGAGUCUCAGCAUGCAGGUCUGUCUUGUGAACAGUACCAGUCAUGGAAGAGGGAGAACGAUCCAGAGUACCAGAGGCAGGGACUGGCUGGAUACCUUCGAGACAAUGGCAUCACUUGUCCUAACUGUCGUUUCCAGUAUGCACUUUCUAAAGGAGGCUGCAUGCACUUCUGCUGCUCUCAGUGUCGCUACCAGUUCUGCAGUGGCUGCAACAACCCUUUCCACACCACCUGUGCGGUGGACCAGUGCAGUGUAUCUGGAUUACAUGCUCACCAUCCCAGAGACUGUCUCUUCUAUUUGAGGGACUGGGAGCCUGGCAGGCUGCAGGCUUUAUUGCAGAACAACGGCGUGGCCUUCAACACUGAACCUCCACCUGGGACACAGACAGGUCUGUGUGGAGUGCUGGAGCAAAAGGAUGAAGGAGGCCAGCAGUCAGAUUCAGCCUGUGGAGCUCAAACUCAACCUGGACAUGCUGGCCUCUGCGAGAAGCACUACCGGGAGUACCUGGUCAGCCUGAUCAAUGGCCACUCCAUCGACCCAGCACCCCUCUUCAAUGCCAAUGAGCUGAUACUGGCCUGCAGGAGGUACCAAGUAGACGACACACGGGGCGACAGGGAGGACGACUUCACCUUCUACAGCCGACUGCUAGAGAAACUGAUGGAUGAAGUUCCACUGGGCGAUAAGGUUCCACGCAAGAAAUGAGGACAAAACAUGUUCCCUCUGGAUUUUAGUUUGUAGUGACCCUUCAAUUUAUAAAAAUGUAAAAACUGACCAUUUCAAUUGUAAAUGUGACCUGAGUCCACAUGGCGGUGAAAUCCCCUCAUCAGCUGCUCUGUGCUCCCCUGGACUGAUAAUCCACUACUGGAUUUGUGUCACUCCAUUCACUUCCAUAGCGUCCCAAAACAAGGUUUUUAGAGCACCAAUAAAUGUAAUCAGGUGGAAUAUACCAAUAUAAAAAAACUCCCACUACCCAUUUUUUGAGGAAAUUAAGUGUGUCUUUUCUUGUUAUUUUCCUUUUUGAAUUGGAAAGUAGAUCCGACAGGUAGCGUCUGCAGCAAACUUCUGGGAACUUUGUUUAUUCCUAAACUGAUGAAUAACAUGUUGGAGUGGAGCCCUCAAACUGUGUGAAGGUUAGUCAGCCGAACGAGGCCGGGCAGCCAAUAGAUUUGUUGCUUUCAUUAAUGAAAAUGUUGGUUGUAAACUCAGCUGAGCACGGGGUACACUGCCCCAUCAGAGACAGCCACCCUUCACACAAAAAGUUCAUCAUGACUAGUUUGUGUGUCCAUGUAUUGAUUCCAACAGAGAGGUUUUUAUUCAACUUCUGAGGCGUUUCCAGUUGCCUAAGACAGAAAAAAAAAAAAAAAAAAUCUGGGUCAAUCAGUGCCCCACACUAUCAUAUAUUUAAUGCUACUGCCAUAUCUUGAAUUGUUUUGUAUAUUUCUCAUUUUGUUUUAUUUAUUUUGCAGUAGUAAAAUGCUAUAUGUAUUUUGUAAUGUUUGCCAUGUGUGAAUGUAAAUGUAAAUGUUAGUUUUGAUUACUGCUUGUGACGUUCAAAAGGAUUACAGCCUGCAGCUGCAUGUUUUAGCCUGCUGAAUCUUAAGUAUUGUGGAAUGAACUUUUCAAUGUUAGUGAGCUGCAGUCCAGAUUUUAUUUGAGCUAUAUCUAGAGUUUAUCCUCUGCAGUGGCGUAUUAGGGCCAUUGUAGGUGGGAGAAAAAAAUUAUGCGGUCAGGGAAACAGGGCGAUAGUCUUAGAAAAAAAAAAAAAAAAAACUCUGAGAAAAGUUUCUAAGAUUAAAGUCAUGAAUUUACGAGAAAAAAA